GGUUCAUGAAAUAGUAGCAGUAGAAAGGGUGGUGGGUAAGUGGUCUGAGACGCUUCCACAGCUUCUAGGGCUUUCUCAUUUGGAUUUCCCUCUUCUUUUCUUCUCGUGUUGUUUGUAUUGGAGCUACUACUACUGCUGCUGCUGCUAAGUAUCACCAGUCUCUUUCCCUUGCCUGAGGAGGAGGAAGACGAGGACGCUUCUUCUUUAGGGUGGUCUUUUGAUAUUGUUCGAUUUGACCCCUCAAAAAAAAAAGAAAAGAAAGGAAGAAAGAAAGAUGGUGGGAAUGGGGAUGCCGGCGUAUGGAAUUCAGUCAAUGCUGAAGGAAGGGCACAAGCAUCUAUCCGGGUUGGACGAAGCGGUGCUCAAGAACAUCGACGCCUGCAAACAGCUUUCCCAAAUCACCCGCACUUCCCUCGGCCCCAACGGUAUGAAUAAGAUGGUUAUCAACCAUCUCGACAAGCUUUUCGUCACCAAUGAUGCUGCCACCAUCGUCAACGAGCUCGAGGUUCAGCAUCCUGCGGCUAAGAUCUUGGUUCUGGCUGGCAAGGCACAACAAGAGGAAAUUGGUGACGGUGCUAACUUGUGCGUCUCUUUUGCUGGGGAGCUUCUCCAAAAUGCUGAGGAGCUCAUCCGAAUGGGUCUGCACCCCAGUGAGAUCAUCAUUGGUUACGCUAAGGCCAUUAAUAAGACAAUCCAAGUUUUAGAGGAAUUGGUUGAAGCAGGUUCUGACACCAUGGAUGUCAGAGAUACCAAUCAAGUUAUUUCUCGCAUGAAAGCUGCUGUUGCUAGCAAACAGUUUGGUCUAGAGGAUAUAUUAUGCUGCCUUAUUGCUCAGGCAUGCAUCCAAGUUUGCCCAAAGAACCCAGCGAACUUUAAUGUGGACAAUGUCAGAGUCACAAAGCUCUUGGGUGGAGGUCUGCAUGAUAGUAAAAUAGUCCGAGGUAUGGUAUUGAAAAGUGAUGCUGUUGGAAGUAUAAAGAGGAUCGAAAAGGCAAAGGUUGCUGUUUUUGCUGGAGGUGUUGAUACAUCAGCCACAGAAACAAAAGGAACUGUCUUAAUCCAUAGUGCUGAACAGCUCGAAAAUUAUGCAAGGACUGAAGAAGCUAAGGUUGAGCAACUCAUCAAAGCAGUUGCAGAAUCUGGUGCGAAGGUUAUUGUUAGUGGAGCAGCUGUUGGAGAGAUGGCACUACAUUUUUGUGAGCGUUACAAGCUCAUGGUCCUAAAGAUUAGCUCCAAAUUUGAGCUUCGACGGUUUUGCCGUACCACUGGUGCUGUUGCUCUUUUGAAACUUAGUCCGCCAAAUCCAGAUGAUCUUGGAUAUGUUGAUUCCAUUUCAGUGGAGGAAAUUGGUGGUGUUAGAGUUACAAUUGCAAGAAAUGAAGAAGGUGGAAAUUCUGUAUCCACAGUUGUUCUGCGAGGUAGCACUGAUAGUAUAUUAGAUGAUCUUGAGAGAGCGGUCGAUGAUGGAGUUAAUACUUACAAGGCAAUGUGCAGGGAUAGUCGGAUAGUACCUGGUGCUGCAGCUACUGAGAUUGAAUUAGCCAUAAGACUAAAGGAGUUUUCUCUCAAAGAAACUGGCUUAGAUCAGUAUGCAAUUUCCAAAUUUGCUGAAAGUUUUGAAAUGGUACCUAAAACCCUGGCUGAGAAUGCUGGGCUUAAUGCUAUGGAGAUUAUAUCAUCGUUGUAUGCCGAACAUGCAUCUGGGAACGCAAGAGUUGGCAUCGAUUUGGAAGAAGGCACGUGCAAAGAUGUCUCCACGAACAGCAUAUGGGACCUAUAUAUCACAAAGUUUUUUGCUCUCAAAUUUGCUGCUGAUGCUGUCUGUACUGUCCUGCGUGUAGACCAGAUUAUAAUGGCAAAACCAGCUGGUGGUCCAAAAAGAGAUGCUCCUGCAGGGAUGGAUGAAGAUUGAGUGUUCAAUAUGAAUGUAGCGUCUGAUUUAGAUUUUGCUUGGUAGUGUUCUGGGCCUCUUGUGGGUCAAAGGGUUUUCAUCAGAGAAGGCGGAGAAUAGUUGAAUGUUAGCGUGUUGUUUCCUACUUUCAUACCAAUUACUAGGACGGACGUGGUCGAAGAAAAAUUUUGGGUGUUUUUGACUCUGAUUGUAUAUGCCACUAGAAGUGCAUUUGUGGCUUGGUUCGUGUUUAGCGUUUUCCAUUUUUAGUUAUCAUAUUACAGUGGAAGUACACAAUCCAUGGUGAAUUGGGCGUUUUAUACCUAUUGUGAUGUGAAGAGCCCGGCAUCAAAUUCUACAUUGGAAGCUUUGAAUUCUUGUUUAUCGGAGUGUCAGAUUAUAUUC